AUGAGACCAAAGAGACAAAAUAAAAAUAAAAAUAAAAAUACUACAUAUUGUCAAAGAUAUCGUCAGAAAAUUCAACUAAAACGUUUACAAUCUAAAAGUUUUGAUAAAAAGUAUAGAAAAAUUGUACCAUUGAGGCAAGCAUUACGUCGAGCAAAAAAGAAACAACAGCAACAACAAAAAUCAAUGCAAUCAGCAUCAACAAUUACAAUAUCAAGAAAUGAUCUUAGAAAACGUGAAGGUAUCCAACGUCGUCAUCAGAAUACAGCAAAAUUUUAA